AUGUACACCCCAAUAGCUCUAAGGGAGCUUGUUGCAGGGGUGAUACCGCAUUUGAAGAAGCUGGUCUUGUUUCAGUUUUCAGUGCCGUUAGACUCUGACAGUCAGCCAACCCAGUCUUGGGUUGGGUUUGGACAGCAACCAAAAGCUCAGGGUUCGCUAGACUACCUGUCUAUUCACGACGGGGCACAAUUUGUCGAGCGACAAUUAAAGUCAUUGCAAGAGGACACCGAUUUCACGACUUUGAAAGUCCUUAAAAUUCCUAGCGUGGAUCUAGAGGCUUUGGAAUAUCUGAUCGCCAAUUGCCAUUUUCCUAUACUCACACAGCUAGCUGUCAACCUCGGACCAAUCUAUUAUCGUAGUGUGAACCAUAACUAUUUCCCAGCCGCAAAGUCUUUCUUGCUUAGUCUGCCAGCUUUGUCUGUUUUGCAUUUAUCGGAAUGGCAUUCAGAUAUUGCUAUGGAAGCUGUAUUAGAACAUCAUGGUUCGCGUUUAUACGAGCUCUCCAUAUCACCAUCCACAGGCGUUACGGCAACCCUGGAGGAUCUCAAACAUGUGGCAAGAUAUUGUCCACUUUUGGAAAAGUUGACCAUCAAAAUCAAACGAUCUAAAGGCGAUGUCCAAGAAGUGGCCAGCUAUAAAACAAUCGGAGCUUUACCACGACUUCAACACUUGUAUCUUGACUUGGAUGCCUCGGAUUUGAAUUUACUACCCGCACGCGAUAGCCUACGUAAAAACUUUGUGACGCGCAACGACCCUACUUUCGACGCAUUCGAUAAACAGUAUUGUGACCAAUAUUUUGAUUACUCUCUCCAACGUCCUCGAAAUGGCCACCUGAAGGACGCCUUCGUCAAUGGCGCAUUGGAUAAUGAGCUCGCUCGUAGUAUUUUUCACACUAUAUCUUCGGCACAAACAUCAUGUGGUAUGCUUGAAUCCUUGGAGGUCAAAGUCACUGGAGCAGGAUGCUUUAUCUGGAAUACCCUGAACAUUGAUGAACGCGGGUUUCGCGACGUUCUUGAGACAAUGGGUCGACCACGUCGGGUGUUUCGGAUAAACAGCAGCAGCAGCAGCAGCGGCCGCGAAACGAAAGUCGGGUUGGUGAAAGGGUGGCGACCCUAUAAGAGAAUAUCUGAGCCUUCUGAAUUGGCUCCCUUCGCAAAGGAGAUCUUUCAACGGAUUUGGCCUCCAAAGACGGAGAACUGGUGGGAGGAUUGGCAUAGCGUUCCGCUUGUUGAGUCUGGCGAUUGA